AUGAGUUCUCAUAUUGAUCCUCCACGAGGAGUAUUUACGCUACCGAUUCCUUGUGAAUCUUCCAAUCCCUUUUGGGAAGUCAUUAAACUUUCUACUUCUAAACACUUUAUACUUCAAAGAACAAUAGCUUCAAGUAAUAGCAAUAACACAAUACUUCGAGGUGUUUUUAGUACUAUACAUAAUACUUAUGAUUUAUUAGUACAAUUGACAAAUUUGUCAAUGGAGCGAAUAUUGAAAAAUUCCACACUUGAACCGGCUCCAGGAUUUAUAUAUGAUGUCGAAAACUUUACUGAGAAUCUAAGACCAAAUACCCCCUUAACACCAGAACCUCCUUUAUCACCAAUGAUUCCACCCCUAAGAAAAAAUCUCGAAGAUCAAAAACGUGAUAAAGAAUUUCAAGUAUUAUAUAAUCUGCCCAUAACAGAACAUUUGAUGCAAGAAUGUACUUGCGAAUUUGUAAUGCCUGAAACGAAAGAUGUUUAUGUUGGUAAACUUCAGCUUUCGGAAGGUUACCUAACAUUUGAAUCUACCGACAAAAAACAAUGUAGUCUAGUUUUACCUUUGUAUACCGUGCAAAGAGUUGAACGUCUCUAUAGUAAAACACAUGCUUUUGCUUUAUCCAUCUCGAAUUGGCAUAAAAUGAGAUUAUUAUUUCAAAUCAAUAUGCCAAAAACCUCAAUUGAAAAGUUUUGCAUGAUUCUUAGGGACAAUUUAAAAGACCAAGUCCGUCUUAUGAAAUCUUUAAAAUCAUUUUUAAAUACUUGUUUUUCAGAAACCUUAUUGGAUUCUAAAAAGGAGGAGUCUUCUUCCAUAGGGCUGGGUUUAACAUUCGGGUUUCCAGGGGAUGCUAAAAAACAAAGAGACCGUUAUAAAACGAAACUUUGGACCGAAUAUAUGCAGGCCAAUGGCCGAAACUUGACUCUUAUUAAACUUCCGGAUUUUCAAAAACUGGUUCGUGCUGGGUUACCAAACAGACUGCGCGGAGAAAUGUGGGAAUUAUGUUCUGGUGCAAUGUAUUUGAGAUUCAUAAAUGAUGGUUUAUAUGAUAAACUUCAUAAAGAGUAUUCGGGUAAAUCUUCUCUCUCCACAGAAGAAAUUGAAAAAGAUUUGAACAGGUCACUUCCUGAAUAUCCUGCAUACCAGAAACCUGAAGGUAUCAAUAAGUUAAGACGUGUAUUGACUGCUUAUUCUUGGAAGGAUCCUGAAUUAGGAUAUUGUCAGGCAAUGAAUAUUGUCGUAUCAGCUCUAUUGAUAUAUAUGAAUGAAGAACAAGCAUUUUGGAUUCUGAGUGUAUUAUGUGAUAGAAUGCUACCUGGAUAUUAUAGCACUUCUAUGUAUGGUGCGAUUCUUGACCAAAUGAUAUUCGAUCAUUAUGUUCAAAUGAAGAUGCCAUCACUCUAUAGUCAUUUUCAAAGCGUAGAUGUUCAGUUAACAGUUGCUUGCUUUCCAUGGUUUUUAAGUCUUUACAUAAAUUCGAUGCCUCUCACUUAUGCCUUUCGAAUGAGCUUUAUAGAAGUCUUAGAUGAGCCUAAUAUAAGAAAAUAUAUUCUAGCAAUUCUUAAGGUGAAUAAAAAAGAACUAUUAGGAAUUACUGAUGAUGGAGCGUUUAUUAAUGUGCUGAAACAUUACUUUUCAACAUUGGACAAACCUGCACAUCCAGACAAUAAAAAUCCAAAAAUAAGAGAGAUAACUAAAUUUAAUGAGCUAAUGGUUGUCGCUUUUAAAGAAUUUGAGAGUAUUACAACUGAAAGUUUAAUCGAACUUCGAAAAACUCAUCAACUCAAAGUAGUCCAUAACAUUGAGAGUUUUACAAAAAGGAGCAUAAUACGAAAUCUUCAAAAUACUUUAAAAUUUUCUAAAGAAGAUAUCUCCAUUAUUUAUGACAAAUUUUCUACAGCACAAUUUUAUGGAAAACAAAAAAAUGAUUCACGGAAUGAUUCACGAAUGAAUCUAAGUACAUUUUAUAGUUUUUUAGGAAGUAUUGCUGAUUGGGCAAAAUUGGAUGACAAUGAUUUAUUUAGUAAUAAUGAUACUGUGAUCAGGGAUAGUCAAGGUCAUAGACUCGUCGGUUAUAAAAUUAUCAAUAAGCUAUUUGAAUAUUUUGAUAAAUCAUCGUCCGGUGGAAUCUCACUUCAAGAUGUUGUUUUAGGACUUGGUGAAAUUAAAUUUGGAGAUAUAUUGUCACGAAUAGAAUUAUUUUUCAAUUUACAUGAUACGAAUAAAGAUGGAUACCUAUCGAAAGAGGAAAUUUUACAGAUGUCAGAAAGUUUUUUAUUCAUAUUCCGAUUUCGAAAAGACGAUGAAAAUCUUGGGUCGGUUUCAAACUUCACCAAGAAUGCAUUUAUAAAAUCCUAUUCUGAAAAAUCAUUAGAUUCAAAUAAUAGUGAUACUUCAUCCACAGAGGACGAUGAUGAUACUGUAUUGUCACUUCCGUUAUUCCGUGAGGUGGUUUUAUCGGAUGAAUAUUUAGAAAAUUUUUUCGAUAUCGGUUUCGCAGCGACAUUCCAGUUAGUUGAACCGGUUGAAGAACGACAAAAAGGAUUAGGACGUGAAAUAUUUAAUUCACUAAUGUCAGAUGGAAUGAAAUUUGCAAGUCUUUUUGGUAAAAGACCGUCGACUGAUCGUCGCAAAUCGUAUAACGUAUCACAAUCUCUAAGCCCAAUGGGAUCAUCUUUGGACGUAAGAACAACAAGUUCUUCUAGACGAAAUAGCGAUCUAUGGUCUAGACGAAGAUCGCCUUCUCAAGAAAGUACGGGAUUAGUUGUUGUUACUAGAAGCUCCUCGCCGGAUUCUUUUAAAUCAAUAGAGUCUGGAAGAUCCACAAGUAGAGCACGUAGAAGCUUGUCACCUGGGUCUUUUAUUUCUGAAGACGAUGACGAUCGCUUUUCUAUACAAGAAGUGGAGAGACUUUUGGAUGAAUUCCAAGAUGAUAGUGAUGCAAAAUCGAUUAACGGUAGUAUUAUGUCAAAUAAUGAACGUG